AAUUCCAAAUAUAAAGGUAAAAGCACAUUGCACAUUCGUUACUCGUCGACGAUACUGGUGCCAUAGUGUCUUACAAAUCAUUAACCGACAUGCCACAGUUAGAACGACCGAUAUUUCAAGUAUCACUGCAACUCUUUAAGCGUAUAAUGGUUAUAAUGGGUAUAACACCGUAUACAAAACAUUGUAGCAGCCAACCGGGCAUGUCCUGUCGAAAGGGAUUUAUAUUGAGUCUACACUUGCUCGCAGUGUUUGCACUAACUGGCAUCUUAAUAAACGAGUACUUAAAGAGUGCACAAGAGGCGAUCUACAAUGUUAAAGACGUCUUCUCGUCGGUUAUCGAUGGACUCGGCUUUAGCACUUUAAUACUGGUGCAGCUCAUCAUACAUUUGGAGAGUACUUGCAAAGCGCAUAUGUACACGGAAAUUUUCAGUAAAUUUGCACAAAUGCAAAAGUUGUUGUUACAAAAAUUCGCAAUACAUUUCGAUUUGUCAAGGUUAAAAUUUUGUGUACACAUGCUACAGAUUCAUUUUACAAUCUACUGCGGCUUGUUGAUAGCGCUGGUGAUUAAAAUGCUUUUUGAACCAGGAUCAGUGUCCCAAUUGUUAUUAACUUUGCACGCAGAGUUAGUGUUAAAAGUCAAAUUAUUCGAGUUUAUGUGUUUCAUUAUUGUGUUCAUGGUAAUGAUUUGCACUGUAUGUAAGGCAGCCAAGAUACAUUGUAAGCGGUUGGAGGCGACACGAUUUGAAAAUGGUUUGCAGCGGCGUGAAUGUUUAUUGGGAUUUGUGGCACUGCAAGACUUGCAUGCUUUGCUUUGGGAGAAUGUGCAGCUCUUAACGGACUACUUUGAGUGGAGUUUGCCGGGUUUAUUUGCAAAGCAGCUUAUCGAUUUAACGCUUUUGGCAUAUUGGGCAGUUCUAAAUAUAGAAACAGGAACGUCGGUAGUAGUUAAAUAUUAUUUAAUAAUUAUUUGGAUUAUGCAAAUAACUACUUUAACGACUGCGUGUUUCCUUUGCUCCGUCUGUGAACGAAAGGACAGAGAAAUACGUUCGUAUUUAAGAACUUGUUUAAAAGAUCGCCAGAAUCUGCUAUUAAUGAGAUGCAUGCACCGAAUUACAAUGCAGCUAUGUCAGGAAGCUAUUACAUUUGUAGCCGGAAAUUUUGUAACAAUUAACAUUGGAACACUCGGCAAAAACUAA